CCAUCAUUGCCAAGGUGCGCAAGCUGGUUCCGCUACCGGAGAGCAACAGUAACGAAAACAUACUGUGGCCGGAGCGACAGUACAAGAUCAAGGUGAAGAAAAUACUGAAGAUGACGAAGGCGUAUAACAGGGUUCCCCGAACGAUUGUUUGGACGGCACCGGACGAUGGAACGUGCGGAGUAUCGCUGAACACUAGCACCAAGUAUAUCCUAGCAGGUGCUGUGGUGAAGGGCAAGGCGUACCUGACUUCGUGUAGCUACGUAGCAGAGUGGUACUCACUGACGCCGAAGCAGCAGAAGGGAUUCAAACGUCUCUACAGCCAGGGAUGCGGAUGCAAGAUCAACCCGUGUCCGUGGUACUUGGACGGCUCGUGUCACGCCAGCGAGAAUAUCUGUCAGUGGACGACAACGCUGCAGGGUCCCGACUGCCAGGGGGCGCUGUCUGUGUGCCUGCGGCACCCAGGGGGCGGUUGCGACUGGUCGCGCAACCACGCCUACACGCACUGCAUGCAGCAGCGAGCUAGCACCGACCGACUCGUCCGCCGACGCCCCGUCUCGUAGGAGCGCCACCUGGCGGGAGACCGUGGCGCCACCUACGUGCUAACGCGGGCAACCUUCGAUAGUGGCGCCACCUGCGUGCGAUCUUGACGCGGCCUAGAAGAUCUAUGAUGGACGGAAUCUAUGCUAUUCUCAUGCGGACGGAAUUCUUUGACCUAGGGGGCGCUGAUUGAAGAAAAUAGAUGCUAGAGGGAGUCGCGAGCGUCCUUUUUCGCAGGGUGACAGGGAAGAGACCUAUGUAUUCUCAGCUUGUCUGUAGCGCUAUACGUAGACACACGCAGACCAUGUAUACCAGUACUGCUGCUGUCAUCAGUAGCUCUAGCAGCUGCCCAUGCCUUCUCUACAAACCCCGGUCUUAUAUUAGAAAUAUAUACUAGAAUGUUCGCGUGGAGAUUCUGUCAUAGAGCCACAAAACCUUUUGCUAAUCACCGUUUACGCACGGCCGAUAUAUCUCAUACAGACUUGUAUAGUGGUAAUUACAGUACAGACUUAUAUAUAGUUAUAGUGCAACAUCAUAUUCACUGCUGCUCGUAGCGUAAUAGCAGUGUAAGUAAGGGUGGUUGUAGUCUAUUCAGUCAUUACAGGCUUUGUGCCUAGUUGUAAUACCGUACAUGCUACGAUACAUACUUGGUACAGUACUAAUACCGUACAUGCUAUAUACCAUACAUACUCAGCCUCGCUUUCUGAAUGUCAUUGGUACAGUACAUUUGCAUCUGAAUGGUACUACUAAUUACGCUUCAUCAUUAGCGCGCAUACAUAAGCUAAACUUGGACUUCUUACUUAAAUAUUAAGUAUUAUUAUUAUUGGUUUCCAGACUGGUGCGGUAUUUUCCGGUGUUUCGCGUAACACGUUUGUAUAAAGAGAGAGUUGUGGAAGGAUUCGUUGUAAAAAUUCGUAAGCGGUUAUUCCUAUUAUUAUUAUUAUUAUUAUUAUUAUUAUUAUCUAUAUAUCUAUAUAUAUUAUAUCGACUCUCUAUGUGUUAUUUAUAGUAUGUUUAGCGUGAUAGUGACGAUGCUAUGUAUGAUUAAUAUAUAUUCUGUAUAUUAUUGCUUGUUCAUAAUCGAAUAGUGGAUUGAAAUUGAUCGUUUUAAAUAUUGAUUUUACGUUUACGAUA